AGAAGCUCCAAGAGGGAGGGAGCGUGACUGACCUCCCUUCUCCUCUUGGACUUGAGUCGUAUGUUCCAAGGCAAUCACUAUCUCCAAACUUCUGGCUGGUUUUCACGUCCUGGAAACGGAACCCUUGCCGAAGCAGGAAAGGCCGGCGGCGGCGGACAGACCGGGCGCGCGAGUCUCCAGGACACCGACCACGCAGGCGGAGCCGCGCACCUGCGUUUUCGGCCACCGCUUUCUGCGCUUCCGUCAUCACUCGCCGCAGAGCUCCGCGGGCGGGCAGGGGCCUCCCACGCCCCCGCCUCUUCGCUGGCGGCGGGCAGGGCACCGCGGAUACGAGGAAGACGCAGGAGGCCCCCUGCCCAGCAGCAAACACCUGUCCCCUCGCGGCCGAGGCCGCCUCCCCGCCCCCAACCAGCCGAAGACACGAGAACCUUCGCGAAGGCAGAGGCGGGGAGCGGCCUGCCCAGGGCCCGGUGUGGGCAGCGACGACUGCGCAUGCGCGGCGUCAGCACAGGGCGGAAGUCGACGUCGCCGUGCCGCCGCCGCGUGACGUACUUCCUGUUUGUUGUUGGAGAAAGGAGAGAAAGGAAAGCGCGAGGAGCCGCCGCCGCGACCCGCACAGCCGAGCCAGAGCCGAGAGGAGCCCCGGGCCGCCGCCCCCUCCCUGUUUGCCGCCGCCGGCCGCCCGUGUCCUCGGUGAGGCGCCGCUGGGGGCAGGGGGAGGCCGGCGGAGGUCGCGUGCGAGGCCCGGCCGGCGCCGGACCUGACCUGGAGCCCUGGUCGCGACGGUGGGGUGACCUGGGUCUCCGGCCUGGCCCGGGCGAGGGCGGGCCGGGCAGGGGACGGGCGCGGGCGGCCGUGGGUCUGCGGGUCGGCCCGGGUCGGGGUCUGCGGGCGUCCCCUUCUUUCCGCCUCCGUGCCGGCGCCCGGCAGGCUCCGCGGCCGUUGGGGGUGGGGCCCGCGCCCGGGGCGGCCUAG